CGACCUAACCCGGUUUUGGAUGUAAAUAAAAAUAUGUAUAGCUAAGGGGGUUAAGCGUAAUAGUACCAAAAAUAGUUAAAGGGCUUGUUUGAAAAUUUCCUAUAGUUGAGGGGUCUCGUAACCUCUUUCACCGCGAUGAAGCUUCACCUCUCCUCCAUUAAUGGCGAUCCCCAAGCUCCUCCAUGGUCAUGGACCUCCUCCAACCUCACCUUCCUACGCCACCCUCGCCUCCUCCCCCUCGCCUCCUCCUCCCCACUCUCCCUCCGCCGCCUCCUCCCCCUCCUCGCCUACGCCCUCGUCUCUGGUCUCUUCCGCAACCCCUUCGUCUCCAGUCGCAUCCUCCUCCUCGCUUCCUCCGCCUCCGACCUCUCCUUCUCCCGCCUUCUCUUUACCCAUAUCCCAAAACCCAACCUUUUCUCCUACAACACCAUCAUCAGGGCCCUCGCCGAGUCCCCUGAGCACCACCCAGGGGCCGCAUUCGAGGUGUAUGACGAAAUGCUCCAAAGAGGCGCUCGCCCAGAUAAGUACACCUUCCCUUUCCUUCUCAAAGCAUGUCGUUGUCCCCUCGAUCUCCAUUUGUGCAAAUCGGCUCAUACCCAUCUCCUUGUCCUCGGUUUCGAUAUUGACCCAUUUGUCCAAACCGAGCUUAUGAACAUGUACUUCUUGUGUGGGUCUUUGCACGAUGCGCGAAGGGUGUUUAAUGAAAUGUCCGUUAGAGAUGUUGUCGUUUGGACCGCAAUGAUCUCGGGUCUUUGUAGCAACGGUCUUUAUCGGAAUGCUUUGGAAGUGUUUAUUGAGAUGAGAGGUAGUGAUCCUAGUGUUGAUCCUAAUGUGGCCACUAUGGUCUCGACUAUGUCGGCGUGUGCUAAUUUGGGCUCCCUUGAACAUGCCAAGUGCUUACAUGCGUAUGCAGAGAAGGUCGGAGUCGAAAGAAAUGUUUUUGUUAGGAACUCAUUGAUCGACUUGUAUGCAAAGUGCGGAGGCAUCAUUUUGGCUACCCAAGUGUUUAAUAAAAUGAAUGAGAGAGAUUUGCUUUCGUGGACGGCCAUGAUUUCAGGCUUAGCUUCUCAUGGAUUCGGUAACGAGGCGCUCAAAUUGUUUUCGAACAUGAUAAAGGCGGGAACUUCAUCUGAUUCAACUACCUUUAUUGCAGUUCUUUCUGCUUGCAGCCAUGCUGGAUUGGUCGAUGAAGCGAUUACUAUUUUUGGCUCAAUGGAGAAAGUAUAUAAUGUUACUCCCGAAAUCAAGCAUUACGGAUGCAUGGUGGAUCUUUUUAGUAGAGCCGGGCUUCUUUCUCAUGCUUACGAGUUCAUUGCCAACAUGCCUUUCGAGCCCAAUUUGACGAUUCUGGGGGCUUUGUUGAGUGCAUGCAGGGUUCAUAAGAAUUUGGAGAUUGGUGAACUUGUUGUGAAGAAAAUUGAAUCAAUUUGCCGGCACAAAGGAGGGGCUAAUGUGCUCUUAUCUAAUAUUUACGCAGACCAGAGUCAGUGGCAUGAAGUUACUGCUGUCAGGGAAAGAGCAAGAAGGGACGCAAGUAAGCCACCCGGUCAGAGUUGGAUCGGAGUUAAUGGUUGUGUUCAUGAGUUUAUGGUCAAGGAUAGAUCACAUCCGCUUUCAGUGGAGCUCCAUUUGUUGUUGGAUGGAUUAGGGAAAUUAAUGGAAGAGCUAAUCUGAUAGUCAUUAAUUGCAUUUUGUUUUGUCUAUAAUUCGAGGUCUUUUGGCAAAAAUUUGGAUCAAGGUUCGGUGAUAAUUGAUAAUUACUCUGGAUUGUGGAUGUCUUCUCGUAGACAAGACUUUAUAUUCUUAUUCCAGAUUGAUUAAUCGAAGCUUGAAUGUCAUUGGAACAAUGGUGGUAUAAGGGUUUGGAAAGAGUUGUUUUCUCCCCCCAAAAUAGAGACCUUUUUUUUAUAAAAAGAGAGAAUGUGCAGUUUUUGUAUCAGUCUUGAAAGUGCUUCUUUGAAAGUCUUGUUAUCACUUACCAGUAUACUGUUGAGAAAAUCAAAGCCAUGUAAAUAAAUAGGAAAUUUUUUUUUGCCUCGAGCGGAGUUUCAGAGAAAUGCAUUUGUUCUAGACAAUAAAGGAUUUGGUUUUCUAUUAGAUCAUUGUUUUGCGGGGGAGUAAACUUGCACAUGUGAACACAAUUAUCUUGUUACACUACAUCUAUUGGACUUCUCCAUUGAGAAAAGCAACAAGGAGGGGAAAAAAAGGAAGAAGCAAGAAUAAAAAACUUUGAUCAGGGGGACAAGUGGGCAACACUCUUCCCAUUAGAUUGGGAAGAGUAAACAAUAAGUUUAUUUUUGAAUAAAUUACAGUACAGCAUUAUUGCUAAGCAUGACAGAUUCUCCAUGGAUAUUUGUAUGCAUGCAUAUGUGAUCAUAUGGACUAUAAAGUACCAGUCACUUGUACAAAGAUGCUGCAUGCUGAAAGAUGCAACACUAUAAUGUGAUCUGAUGAUCUCAAAAAGAUUAUUUCAUAGCAGUGUCCACAUUGUUUAACAAAACCUGUCAUUUAUCUUUUAGAACUUUUACAAGGGACAAAUCAUCAAAGAUCAGCUUUGUGCUAGGGUGGAAAUGGUCGAACGAAUUCGCUUCGAUUCCUCCCACUUCCUGAUCGAAACCAGAAGAAGUUUGUUCAGAAUCUUUUUGUUCAAAUGACUGGCCACUUUUUCGGAGGGGCAAAGAAACAGUUUUUUUUUUUUUGACAUAUUUCUCUAUGUUUUGUCGGAGAAUUUGACAAGAUUGUAACUUAAUGUAAAUGUUUUUUUUUUUUUGAGAGA